AAGAUAAAUAUGCCGGGUUAAAUACGUUUUUCAUGUAAGAGAAAAAAACAUCGCAUGCGACAAAAAAGUAUUUAAUACUUGAAAUAAGCGUAUUUUCACAUAUUUGUACAGAUUUUUACACAUACAGGUCUGUCACACAUUCCGAUAGGAAUGGUUUCAAUUCCGUAGUUACUAUUCCGAUCGAAUUUAUUUUGCUUCUUUGGAUUCCGAUCGAAUUUGUAAAUCCCUAAAUAUUUUAAGUUGUCGGCUUUUUUGAUUUUUGUGUGGCAAUGAUUAAUGUAAAAGAACAGGGAAAAGAAAAUACAAAAAAUUUAAUUAAAAUACAAAAAUAAGAAAAUAAAAAAAAUCUCAAAAUGCCAGGAAUUUCAAUUGUUGCAGCAAUCAAUGCUCAGGAACGUCAAGAAUCUGUUGAAAAACUACGUCGGAAAAUAUUGAGGGAUGCUUCAGAUCCUCUUUCAUAUCCCAGUGCAGUAUUUGUUAGCUAUUACCGCCUCAGCAAGGAGGCUUUUAUUAUGGUUUUGGAAAAAUUGAGCCCACAUCUCCAAAGUUCAACAAUUCCUGUAAUUAUACAGUUGUCCACAACACUUAGGUUUCUAGCUACAGGUGCAUUUCAAGGCGUUAUAGCUAAAGAUGUGGAUAUCAGUUUAGGUAGGAGCACAGUUUCAACAAUAAUGUGGAGAGUAAUAAAUGCAACUGAGAACAUAAUAUGCCCACAAUGGAUAAAGCUUCAAAUGUCAGCAGAUGAAAUACAAAAUUCAAAAGCUCAUUUUUUUAAUAAAUUUCAUGUACCAGGGGUAAUAGGAUGUAUUGAUGGUACGCACGUCAAAAUGAACAAGCCAUCAGAAGACGAAUCUUUAUUUUUUAACAGAAAAGGAUCAUUUAGUGUUAAUGCUAUGAUCAUAUGUGAUUACAAAAUGAAAGUCUGUGCUGUGGAUGCAUGCAGACCUGGGUCUUGCCAUGAUUCGUUCAUUUGGAAUAUGAGCAGAGCACGAACUUUUUUUCUGAAUAAUUAUUCCAAUGGAAAUAAAAAUUCAUGGCUAUUGGGAGAUUCCGGCUAUGGUUUAGAGCCAUUUUUAAUCACGCCAUACAAAAACGUAACAAUUGGAACGUUAGAGCACAAAUUUAACCAAAAGCAUGCAUCAGCCCGCAAUAUUAUAGAACGAACAAUUGGGGUAUUGAAAAGCCGAUUUAGGUGCUUGCUUGGGACAUUGCAAUACACUCCACAAAAAGUUGUAAAGAUAAUAAAUGUGUGCUGUGCUUUACAUAACAUUUGUAGAGAGUACAACGUAGAGUAUGAGGAUAUUAUAACGACGAACGAAAAUGACGAGAAUUAUGAUGAAGAUGUAGAGGAGAUAUCUGGUAGAGAUAUGUUUAAUGUUGCCCAACGAAUAAGAAACAAUAUUGCUGCUCAAUUGAAUUAA